GUUAUAGUUGGACCUCCAGGAUCAGGCAAGACAACAUAUUGCUGGGGCGCUUAUCAAUAUUUGACAGCUAUUGGAAGAAAAGUAGCCAUUGUCAACCUUGAUCCAGCUAAUGAUAAUAUACCCUAUCCCUGUGCCAUUAAUAUUGCUGAUCUUAUUACACUUGAAGACACAAUGAAUGAACUUUCAUUAGGACCUAAUGGAGGCAUCAUGUUUUGUGUUGAAUAUUUAUUAAAAAAUAUGGAUUGGCUUACAGAUCAACUAAAAGAACUUGAAAAAGAUCACUACUUUUUAUUUGAUUUUCCUGGACAAGUCGAACUAUUUACUCAUCACUCAGCUGUCAAAGAUAUUUUACAUGCCUUGGAAAAACUAAACUAUCGACUGGUGGCAGUCAAUAUGGUCGAUGCUCAUUACUGCACGGAUCCUACAAAAUAUAUCUCUGUGCUUUUACUUGCCCUCAAGACAAUGAUUCAACUUGAACUGCCUCAUGUCAAUGUGUUAUCCAAGGUGGAUUUAAUUGAAUCCUAUGGCAAGCUAAGAUUUAAUUUGCAGUAUUAUACAGAGGUCAUGGAUUUAUCCUAUCUACUAGAAUCAUUAAAUGAGGAUGCCUUUGGUUCAAAGUUCAAAAAGUUGAAUGAAGCACUAUGUGAACUCAUUGAAGAUUUCUCACUAGUUGGAUUUUAUACACUUUGUGUGGAGGAUAAAGAUUCAAUGACAAAGCUUCAGCAAGUGAUAGACAAGGCAGGUGGAUUUAUAUUUGGCGGAUUAACAGAAGGAAAUGAAUCUAUCAUGCUGACAGCUAUGAAAGCGGGUUAUCAUGAAGAUGUCAGCGAUGUACAAGAACGAUGGAUUAGGGAUGAUUGA